CAGCUUAUACUGUCUGACGUAUCACGUAAUUUUCUUUCGUAUCCUUUUCGAUCCGUGAACGGAUUCGAGCCCUGAAUUACUAAGACGAACGAGAGCAUAAAGCUUGUUGCCCGAGCAUAAGAAAGCCGUCACCUCCUCUUCUAGAAGUAACGAGUUGCCGUGUUUGAAAACAGUCAAAAGAACACUCCUGCACUAUUCUAAGAUUCAUGUUUAUUCAAUUGAAAUUGUUUAACUUUUCUUGAGUUAACACUGUUGCUUGGGUAUUAUGCAUGAUUCAAUAAUAAUAAUAAUAAUAAUAAUGUAUUAUUAAAUCAUGACUAUUAUAUUAUAUGAACUAUUUAACAUUUUUUUACAUAUUUGAAUGUCAGGUUGUUGGUUGAGUAAAGGAACAACUUUUGCAUAAAUGGAAGUCGACCAGACCGCUUUCGAUAUUUGUGAUGAUCAUGAACAUAAUGAUUUAAGUGUGGAUUAUGUUCUAGAAAACGUGCUCAGUACGCAAGAAGAUUCUGACAAUUGCGAAGAAUACCAGCAGCUUAAAGAAAGUUAUAAUUCAGUCCUCAUCAAUGGGUGUCAAUGCAAUGAAAAUAAAGACAGUUGUGUUUUGUGUUUGCAUAGUGGAAAUUAUGUAUUUGAUUUGCGAUCAAAAGAAUUAGUUCUUGACAGGGAGAGGUCUAAGGAAUUAAUUUAUGAAUGCAAUUAUCAAUGCGAAUGUGAUCCCUUUAAAUGCCUCAACAGACUUGUUCAAAAAGGACCCAGAAAAGGGCUAAAAAUUAUUAACUCCGAAAUGUGUUACUCAAAAGGCCUCAUUACAACAAAACUCAUUCCUCAAGGCGGUUUUAUUUGCGAAUAUGCCGGUGAAAUCCUAACACACAACGAAGCUCUUAGACGACAAAAAGAAAACAUGGAAGCUUCUUCAAUGAACUACAUUCUUUUUUUGAAUGAACGUAAUAUAGAGGAUAAAUACUCGACGAAGUUUGGCGCACAUACAACAAUCAUUGAUCCCUGCAAGAGAGGUAAUAUUGGACGUUACUUAAAUCACAGCUGUAAUCCAAAUUGUGAAGCGCGUAGUGUACGCGUAGAUUGCCCAAUUCCAAAGAUUGGUAUAUUUGCAAAACGUUCCAUAAUAGCCGGAGAAGAACUUUGUUUUCAUUACAAUGAGGGUUUGAUUGAAGUGAAAGAAAAAAUUAAUUUGGCAAUAACCAAAAGAACAAUUUGCCUAUGUGGAGCCCCAAACUGUUUAGGAUAUUUGCCCACUGGUAAUUUAUGAAGAAUUAUUAGCUGCAAUCCAGUACGCCAUCCGCGCUUACCAGAUGUUACUUAAAAUCGCUCCCGUGCUCGCUCUAAGCGCGUUGUUAUUAGUUAUGUUUCUGUAUUUUUUCCAGGGCUUCGGAGCGGAGCGGGGCUAAGGAACAAAGUAUUUCCGCUGGAGCGGAGCUUGCGCAAAAAGCUAAAAGAAAAGUUAUUUUGCACAUUAGCUCCUUAGAGAAAUUACAUUAACUUUCUUUUUAUUUCUGCUACUGAGAGCAAUCGUGUUAAAUAAACUGCCAUUCUAUAUUUACUUGGUAAUAUUGUUCAAUUUGAACGGAAGGAAAAACAAUGACUUCCCAGCAUCGUAUAUAAUUACAAGUAUGGAAUCCUAUGCCCCUUUUUGUCUAUUCUCUUUCUAACAGCGGACGUGCCUGCCAAACAGCGGACGUGCCUGCCAAACUGAAAAGCAUGAUGUCGGCAGUGUUUCACAGGCACGUUCGACGAUGCGAACGGCAAUGGAAGGUAAGAAAUGGAAGAUGGAUGACAUGAGAAUGAAAGAAUUAUGAAAUAGCAGAAUGUCGAACCAAAACGAAUUUCAAAAAUCUGACAAUGCGAAUGACGUCAAAAUGAAAGAAAUGCAAAAUAGCGAAAUGUCGAAACAGAAGAAAUAUAUGACAGGCACGUGUUCAACGGUUUUGUGCAACAAAAAGAGUUGUUGUGUUGCGCCAUUCAAUAUUAAAAAAAAUUUAAUGUGGUUAAAUACGCUUUUUUAAAAAGUUGAAAAAACUACAUAUU